UUAUGUUACCUACUGCCUUUUGCAGAUCUGAUAAGGAGUUGCAUAAAUGCCAGGACAUGCUCUCAAAUUUGAGAUCUAAAGCAAAACAGAUGGCUUCUACAUUGAAUAUGUCAAGCUUUGCCAACAGGGAAGACUUACUUGGACAAAGUAAAUCAACCGAUGAGGUAAAUAGAACUGUGGGAUUGGAUAAUUAUGGUAUUGUUGGUUUACAGAGGCAGAUUAUGAAAGGUAUUUUCAUCUGACUCGCAUCAACAAUUGAAGUUGUUGUUUGAUUCUUACAUGCUGUUUCCUGUGACAUGCAGAGCAGAUGAGGGCCUUGAGAAAUUGGAAGAGACAGUGCUGAGCACAAAACAUAUUGCAUUAACAGUUAACGAGGAACUGGAUCUGCAUACAAGAUUGAUUGAUAACUUGGACCAUCAUGUGGACUUAACCGGUUCAAGGCUUCAGAGAGUACAAAGGAGGCUGGCGAUUCUUAACAAGCGUACAAAAGGAGGUUGUUCAUGUCAAAUUAAGUUUGAAGAUAAUGUGGGAGAUGCCCUUCCAGGCUAGGCUGCAUGCAGCUUGGAAACCAAAACUCCGGACAAAGGCGUGUAGCCAACAGGCAGCAACCUAGCAGAGUUGUGCAAGAUGAAUUUUGUAAAAUUUUUCCAAAUUUAUCUAUCUAUUCUAUUAUAUUUAAUUUAUCUAUUGUUUUAUGUUGAAUGACAUUCUUCAUUUCACAUCAAUCACUGUCAGUGUAAAGCAGUAAAUUGGCUGGCUAUCAUGGUUUUGGCUGUUGGACUUUGAGAGUUAAAAUUACAAUUUGUGUUUAGAAAUGGCAAAAUGUGUUAAAAUAUUGCAUGUA